AUGAAUUGGAAUCAUUUACGAGAUACUCUCAUCGAUGAAUUAGCUGUUGAAGGUCUCGAUGGUUGUACAUUCGAUCAUUUAUAUUCAAUUGUUAAACCUUUAUUUAUUUCACUUAAUAAUCAAUUAUCUACGGAUACAUAUCUUCGUUCAUAUAUAUGGAAAAUACUUCUCUCAUGUUCGUGCAUUGAACUUUAUGAAUUACCAGAAAACUUCCAAGCUGUAUUAUCAUCCAAUGAUCUUGCCAUUGAAAAUUCUGAAUUAAAUCAUCGUGGUUAUUCAUCAACAUAUAAUCAACGAAAAUUACUUUCAAAUAAAUCCGAUUAUUUAAUUCUUGAUAAUAUUUCAAAUGUCGAUCGUAUGCAUCUUGUUGUUGAACAAAAUAUUCGUGAAUUCCGCAUAACACAAGGUCGAUUCGAUACAAAGCAAUUAUUCAGUAAAUAUGAAUAUGCACUAUUGGAAUGUAUAUGUAAAACACGUUCAAAAGGUAUACCAACAUCGGGCAAUGAUGGCCUAUCGAAAAUUUUUAAUAUCAAUAGUAAAUCAUUAUUCUAUUAUCUUAAACAAUUAAUAUCAUUGGAUAUAAUCAAAAAAUUAAAUCUAACACGUCAAUUAGUCGGUACACUUAAACAGCCGAUAUUAAUCAUGACACGGUACAUAACAACAAAUGAUUAUCUCAAUUCAAAAUAUACAAUAAUCGAUCGUUUAAAAACAUAUUUAGAACAAUGUAAAAAUCAAUCAUGUGAACGAAAUCAUUUGAAAUCCUAUUUGUCAUUAGGUGAAAAAUCAUUUCGUUCAUUGAUGAGAAAAUGUAAACGUUUGAAUUUAAUUGAAAAAUAUAAUAAAACAAUGAGUGAGCACGAUUUGAAAAAAUUUAUCAACAAUGAAGAUGAUUCAAUUAGUUUAAUCUGUAUUAACAAUCGAACACGUUUACGUUCGUAUACAUUUUUUCGUUUAAAAUCAAAUAAUAUUAGUAAAGAUGACGACGAAGAAAUAGCAUCAUCGAGUGAGGAUAAUGAACAAACGGAAGACGAAGACGAAGACGAAGUUGAAGACGAUACUAUGUUGGCCGGUGGCGAUGAUGAAGAUUCCGAUAUGUUUCCUUUAUCGGAAGCAUCGAGCCUACUGGAUCAAAAACAUCUUCGUUUAUACGUCGAUCGACCAUUCCAUUUUCAGUAUUAUCAAUUAUUAGAGCAAGUUAAAGAUAUUGGUUUAUCACAACGAGAUUUAGCAAAUAUAUGUCAUUUAUCAUUUUAUUCGGCUCGAUCGGAAAUAAAAUCGUUAACAAAAAAUAUGAAACAUAUUUCAUUAAAAAGCGUUCAACUGAAUCAAAAAGGGAAAAUUAUGGAAAAUAGAAUUGUAUUAAAAAAAUAUAUGCCAACAGCAGCAACAAAAGCAACACCAUCAUCAUCAACAACAACGACAAACAUUAAUAUUCGGCAACAGAUUAUUUCUAAAACACCACGUGCUAAACGAAAGAAGUCGAAUAGAACACCAAAAGAAAUCGUCCAAACAGCAGCAAUAGCCGAAAGUCCAUCAUCAUCACAAGCUUCUCCGUCGAAUCCAGCAUCACUAAUUAAAUGUGAACCCCUCGAUGCUGAACAUUUGGACAAUGAACCAUUGCUUUCUCGUCUUGUUUCAUCGGAAAUUUUAUGGCGUCCAUCAAUUCAAACUGUUCCCGCCGAACCUCCAAAGAAAAAAUCGAAAACACGAGUAAAUCCAGUGAAACGAAUAAAUAUUAAACGUGAACAUCGUCUUGAUUUAAUUCGUUCUUAUAUGCAAGAACAUCCGAUAUGUACAUUAACGGAUUUACGUGCUGCUAUUAUGUCAAGCGAACGUGAGGAAGGCUUAACUAUACAUAUGGAUCGUAAAACAUUGGAUAAAUUGGUUGACGAACUGGAAAAAAUUCAUAAAUUUCUAUUUCGCUUUACAGCCCGUGUAAAACAAUCACGAACAAUUAUUUGUUUAGCAAUGAAUACCGACGAUAUAGCACCGAAUUGUGAACGUAUACAACAAUUUAAAAUUGAAUUAUCACAAGAAACAAUUGAAGUCCCAUCGACAACACAAACUAAAUCUAAAACAAUAUCACAACAACGAUUAUCAAACACAACAACAACAACAACAACAGCAGCAGCAACAACAACCGAUCAAUUAGAUCAAACAGUGGAAGAAGAGAAACCACUUGGUGUCGAUUCAAAAAUAACUAUUGAUAAUCUAUUUAAUAAUGGUUUAGAAGAAGAAAAAAUUGCUUUAUUAAAAAAGAAACCAUUAGAAAAUAUAACUGGCUUUGGAAAUUGUUAUGGUUAUGUUUAUAAAUUUCAACGAUGUGCCAUUUUACAUAAAUUUCUAUUCUAUUUAAUCUAUGGUUAUGAAGGCAAAGUUGAUACAGAACCAUUAGAAUCUACAAUUGAUAUGGAUCAACCACUUGUAUCCAACGAUCCUGAAGUUCAAUCUAUACUCGAUUCAAUUCCAAAUGCUCGUCGUUAUAUCGGAUCAAAUCAAGGUGCUAAUUGGAAAACAUUUGUACCACCCUUAGAUACUCGUGGUCGUUCCAUUCCAGCUGGUUGUCUUUAUUUAGAUGAUUUUCUUAUGUGUAUGCCUGUAUCAAUAUUUCUUGCUGUUGUCUAUGUACCCUAUAAAGUUCCUGGCCUAAUGGAAUUACUUUCACAUCCAACCAAACGUUACAUUCUCGUUCGAGAUCUUCCAGCGGAAAUGCGCUAUCCACUUGUUGUUCGUCGUCAUUAUCUAUAUCGUAUAGCUGAAGUAUUAAAAUAUUUAUCAACACUUGGUUUGAUAACAUUCGUCGAUCGACCCAUUAUCAGUCGUUUGGAAAAAUUAAAUACAUUAAUUUAUAUUCAUCCAAAAGCGUAUCUUAUUAAUACAAUAAAUCAAACCAAUAAUUCCAAUGAACCUAUUGAAAAUAUGCCAAAUUAUCCAAAACAAAAUUAUCAUUUUAUUUCAUUGACCAAUGUGAAUCGUUUUUGGUUUGAUUUAAUUGAAAUCGCAUUGAAUACAUAUCGUAUUAAAAUUUUCUCACGUAAACAAAAUCGUUCACAUAUUGUUGAUAUACUUAAGCAAGCAAAUAAACCAAUACCAAUAGAAAACAUAAGUGAAGUAAAAACGCCACUCGGAAAAUCCAAUGGACCAGCUGGUUUUGAUUAUGAUUUAUAUUUGUUUUUACGUAAAUCAUGGAAACUCCCGUAUAAUAAUAAACGUAUAUUGAAAUUACUCAAUCGAGAAGCAAAUCAUUGUUGUAUACCUGUUUGCGAACUACGUGUUCCUAUUGAUGUGGCUCUCAAACGUUCCUAUACAAGACAUUUAGCUCAAAAACGUAAGAAUAAUAUUCGUAAACGUGGCAUGAAUAUGUUAGUAUCAAACUUCGAUACAGAAUUGAAUUCUUCAUUUCCAACACCAUUGUCAUCAUCGACAUUUCAUAGAACAAAACGAAGUUUAAAUGUGUCUAUUAAACCAUCGCAUGGUUUCGAAAAUUAUGGUCAUCUAUCAAGAUAUAUUAUUCCAUAUGAUUCGUUAAAUCAACUGCAAUUUAUUGAUAGGCGUAAAAAAUUACUCUUUCAAUAUAUUAGAGAGAAAAAUAAAACAAUUCUAAAUCGUUUCAAUGAUAUUCUACGGGAUACAUCAGUCAAGAAUGUUAAUCCUCGAAAUAAUAAAAAGAAACGUAAAUUAAACGAAGAACAAGAAUCAGAUGAUGAAGAACAAGUCAAUUCAACAGCACUUCGUGUACGUUGGUCGCCCAUAGAAGAACGCGUUAUAUCAUUAAUCAAUGCAUCACUUUCAUUUUAUUUACCUCGUAAACAACCCAAUACUCCUGAUAUAUCUCAAGAUUCGAAUCCUAUCGGAAGUCGCCGCCCAGCGGCGUUUCUACCAUUUAAUAAAGAACUGUUUCGUGCAUGUCUUAUUCGUAUACUUCCACGUUCGGCACGCUCAAAAACACCGCAAAAUGUUGUACGUAAAAUAAAGAAUGACAUGUCACAACAAACACGCAUCAGUCAAUUGGAACAUUUAUCUGUACUCUGUUCAACAGAUACAUUUUUAUUAUCAUUUCGCAAUGAAUCGAAACGUUAUCUUAAGCAACGAUAUCGAUCGAAUGAACAUUUUUUUCUUUUGCUUUUCGAAAGAAUUUACAUGAAAUUUCAAAAUUUUAUUCGUACAGGAUAUUUGCAUUGUAUUCCACAAGGUACAAUUGAGUAUUUACCGAAUACACGCGAUGAACUUUUAAAACAAUACAAAAUCAUUGGAAAACCAUCCGUAGAAUUACAAGCAUCCAAUCCAUCUGAAUCAACAAAAUCAAUAUUAAGCUCAACUAUAAGUAUGGCAGCACAUAGUUCUCUAUUGUCGAACGAACGUUCGGGUACAACAAAAGCAUUUAUUCUUCAUUAUAUAUUUUCUCAAUAUCCUGAGUCAUUACUCAAUGAAAUUGUGUAUCGUUUAAUGCAUACAGAUGCGGUUAUAACAUUAACAAAAUCGAAUGAUAUUCAACGGAAAAUAACAAGUGAAGCGUCGACAUUUUUAGCUGGCCGAGCUUAUCAUAUCAAUCAACGAUAUAUUUAUCGUUGGUAUACAUAUAUGCCAGCUAUUGUUCUUCAUGAAACAUAUUCGUGGAUAAAUGAAAAUAUUUUAUCGAAGAUAAAUAUUAAUGAUAUUCGAGAUGAAAUGAUAGUAACAAUUGAUAUUGAACAACAAAAUAAUGUCGCUAUAGCUGCGUCAUUUAUUACAUUUUUUGAUUCAAAUCAUUUCGAUAUUCAAUUAGCAUUACCGAAAAGUCUUGAUAAUGAACCCGAAAUGAUUAUGUCAAAGAUGCACAAAAAUGAAAAUGAUGAUGAAUCAAACACGGACGAUGACGAUAAUAAUGAUGACGAUCACGAACGAGUUUUUGAACAAGUUCUUCAAAGUGCACGACGUAUUGAUCAAACGCGUUACGAAAAUAUUAAUAAACGAAAACUGUCAACGGAUAAUGAAAAUUCAAAUAAAAAGCCACGGUUAACAACCGAUGAAAAUGAUGUUUCCAGUUCACGUACAAAAUCGUCUACUUCGAAUCGUCAUCAAUGUUCGGAGUGUUCAAAAUCAUUUAUAAAUCGAACAAGUCUUGUUCGUCACCGUCAUCGGCAACAUGAAAAACAUCAUCAAGUGAAAUCUGGCAAGACAGCAUUACGUCCAGGUUCAACAACACAAAAUCCACUUGGCCGUGGUCGUCAUGCUACGGAUACAUCGUCGCUUAGUUGUUGUUCAAUAAAAUUUGUUCUCUCAACUGAAUUUCUUCAAGAACAAUAUCAACAUUUCUUCAUGCAAAAAUCUUUAUAUACGAUUGAUAAAUUAAUCGAACGUUUUCCAUUGUAUUCAGCUGUUUACGAUCAAGAACAACAAAUUGAUUAUAAUGAAAACAAUUUAUUAUAUCAUACAAUUCUUAAUACGCAUGAAUUCGGUUUAACAUUCUAUCAAAUUUAUAAUCAAGUGAAAUCAACGAUGACAUUUAGCGAAUGUGUUAAACAAUUAAAUGAUUAUCUAACACGUGGAAUUAUAAUUGCUGGCGGAAGUCGAACACGAAUAUAUGUACAUCGAAAACAUGCCCGAUCAUGGCUUAUCUAUUCGAUACGUUUUCGACAACACGAUAAUAAUAAUAAUCUUGAAACAUUGUUAACAAGUGCUUUUGCCGAUUCAACUCCAGCAAUGGCAAAUAUAGAUAAUGAUACAACACAGGAUAGUAGACAAAUAAAAUCUUUAAAUUUGCCAAACAGUGAGAACAUAUUAAAUAAAAAUGGUCAAUUGAUUUCGGAUCAAUUCGAACGUGUUGUUUUUAUUCCUCGUCCAUGGAAAUCAACUGAUGGUUCGAUAAAUUUUGUUGUUUUACAACGUAUGAUGGAAUCAUUACUUUUAUAUAUAAUUGAUCAUCCCGGUACAAAUCUUGAACAUAUCUAUGAACAUUACAAAUGUGUCCUUCAACCAGUUGCUAUCAAUGAUUGCAUUGAAUUAUUUCAACAAAUGAAUUGUUUAGAAACAGUUCAAGUACCAUUGAAAAAAACCAUCGAAAAACAAAUUAAUCUCUAUUCAAAUGAACAUUCAGAUGAUGAACACGAUGAUGAACAUGAGAAAAAUCAAAAUAUUCAAUAUGAUAGUGAUAAUGAUUUUGAACGAAUUUUAUUCAAAGCAAAUUAUGACUAUCAACAAACAACACUUUAUUGUUUUCCAACGUACGAUUGCUUAGCAAAAUUCGGUGUUUCAUUUCCAUCAUCGUUGAUGAAUCAACAGCGAGGCAUUGAUCGAAUGCCUUUUCCUAGUUAUUAA